CUUGCACUGUAUCGCUUUAGACGACAGAGAUAUGAUCGUAUUGCUGCUGAAAUAGUUUAUUUCAGUCUGGAAAGUUACUAACAUAGUCCGUCUUUCGUAAUAGUUUGGAAAUAAGAGGUAAAAAUCCUUAUAAAAUGUUUCAUGCGUAUCGAAGAUAGUUUUCUAUGGCUUGUGAUGUUUCAUGAAGAUUUAACUUCGUAACAAGUUACUAUAGCCAGUGUUCCGUGGAAAAUGUAAUCAAAAUUUGUGUAUGAUCCACGUCGAGACAUGGGUUCCAGAGUAAGAGACACCGUACGCUACAUGUUUGAAUUGUUUUGUGAAGUAUCACCUGGUGAUCAUACGAGAGAACCAUAUGUACUGAAAAAAUAUCCAGAAACAUAUAAAAAUGAAGAAGAGUUGAAGAACAUUCCUAAAUUUACAUUUCCAUGUCAGCUUGAAAAUUCAUUCGCACAACACUAUUCAUUUGUGCUGACUUCUGAGGACUCUAAAUAUACCUUUUGUUUCUGCCGAUAUGACCCCAAAACCAACACUGCACUAGUACUUCUAUCACAUUUGCCAUGGCACGACAUAUUUUACAAGCUACUGAAUUGCAUAGCAAAUCUAAUUAAUAGCCCAGAACGAGGGGAAUUGGCUUCAUUCUUAGAAGCUUGUCACAUACGCCCGCCUAUGCCGGGACAUACAUUAAGAGUAACUUACAACGCGGGCCAUAGUGUUUUCACUUGCCAGUGUCCGGACAGUAAACUCCCAAGUAUUCCGGAAAAUUGUAACUUAACGGAAUACUUUAGCGCAAUGGACACCAAAUGCAUGGCUGGGCUAUGGGCGGCGUUGCUCCAUGAGCGUAGAGUUGCUAUAGUGGCUUCGAAGCCCUCUAGACUAUCGGCGUGCGUGCAAGCUGCCAACGCUACACUCUUCCCCAUGUCUUGGCAGCACAUAUUCAUUCCCAUUCUACCUAAACACCUCGUUGAUUACUUACUGGCGCCAAUGCCGUUUCUUAUUGGAGUUCCUAGGAGUGUUAUGGAGAGCGUGAGGAUGUCGGAGAUUGGCGAUGUGGUUAUUUUAGAUGUUGAUGCAAAUGAACUGAAAACACCAUUCAAUGACCUGGAAGGAUUGCCCUCUGAUCUGGUGUCGAACUUAAAGAAAGCUUUAAGUGAUAAAAAUGCUCUGGGUGAUGCAGUAUCUCGAGCAUUUUUGCGCGCCCUAGUGUCUCUGAUUGGCGGAUAUCGUGACGCUAUUAAAAUUGAAAAUGGUCAGUUGAUUACGUUUAAUCCAGAAGCUUUUGUUCGAACUAGAAAAAAUAUGCAACCAUUCCUCACAAAAAUAUUGCAGUCUCAAAUAUUUCGCCAGUUCAUUGAUGAAAGAUUGGAUUUGCUCAACUCGGGGCGUGGUUUCAACGACGAAUUUGAAGUGGAAUGUAACCAUUACGCUGAUAAGCUAAAUACGGGGAGCGGCCAGAAGCUGAAACAACAAUACAGAGACUGGGCCAAGACAGUCAAGAAAGAAGGCGGGGCCUUCUUUAAAACAGUAAAAGAUAAGGCGAACCCAGCUGUGCAAUCGGCGGUCAAAACGGUUCGCCAAGGAGGCAAGAACGUGAAAUCAGCGGUAAAAGGUCUGAAGAAUAAAAUGCCUAGGACCGGCUCACGUCCAUCGUCAAUCAAUACCACAGAUGAUAGCAGGUUCUCAUGCGGGUCAGCGACCCCAGUAUCGUCGGAUUCGUCGGAUUCUUCGCCGACGAACAACCCUUCGACGGAAAGGGCGACGGCGACGCGGCCGACGCCGAGCCGGCUGUCUGUGGGCAGGCCCCAGCCGCCCCGUGAGCCUCCUCCUGCGCUCCCUCUCGACCUGCUCACCGAAAUGGAGUACCUGUUCGACACCAAGAAAGCACAACGUCGCGACAGCUUCCCCAACAGCUCGCGCAACUCAGACAUUAGUCUUGCGGACAAAGCAAAAACACUGUCACCAUGUCUCCCACCCCGGUUACCGGAACGUCCCCAACUCCCAGUCCGUUACCCAAUAAUUUCCACGAAGAAACUAAUUGAUUUGUCUGACGCGCCAAUGCCGCCGCCGCGUGCGACGCCCAGCGCGACGCAACAAAAUCAUCACUUUGUCAGUAACAUCACAAAAAACGAUGUGAUAUCUACGUCAGACUUUCACACCAGCACGAUACGCUUCACGGAAGGCAAAGAUAAGGCAAAAUUAAAGUUGACCCUGUCAUCGAAUCAAAGAAAGGGGUUACAGGCCAGCGCUCAAUCGCCGUGUAACGGCACGGCGCCAAAACUGCCGGCAACCUCUGUAGGUAGAGCGAGCAAUGAGGGCGCAAGGCCCAGGCUCGCCAUGGGCCAACACGCCGACCUACCUUUCUACAAGGGGAAAAUUCAAGAGUCGUGUGGCUCUGAUUCUGAUCUCAUUAAACUGGACGAUUCGCCGACAAACCUAGAAGAUUUCGAUCCACUCAAGUGUCGUGAUAAAAAUCAGAAAGUCGAACAAAUAAAGUCUACAGAUAGUGCUCUCUUACAUGAAUAUGGACUAGAUUUUAGCCAAUUUGGUUUAUUAGACUACUCCGCCGGUUCGAGCGCGCGACAGGACUCUACCGCCAACGUUCCCAAAGGCUGGACAACUUUCAAUUAGAUAAUAGAUUCAUGUCGUUCACAUACUCUUUGUCAAAUGGAUGUACCUAUAUUUGUGUCAAUGAAGUAAAGAUAACAAUGUAAUACGCUGAAUUAAUGAAUAAUAUAUAUUUUUUAUUUAUUACGUUUGAUAUAAGUUAUGAAAUUGUACAUAUCAUGUUUGUAAAUUAUUUUAAGAUUUUUUAUGAGUUAUAUUUGUAUAUUUGUUGUAAAUCAAAUAUCGUAAGUUCCCCUUGUAUAAUAAUUGUUAACAAAAGUUUUAUUUAUAAAUAGACAUCAAUUUAAUUGUUUCUCCAAGCGCGACCCAAGUGCUUCUGCUCUUCAGAAUGUUAAAUCUAUUUACUUAUGUUAUGAAUUUUGUUGUUCCUAAUUAUUUACUUCUCAGAAUUUAACAAUUUAUUUAUUUUAUGGUUUUUAACUCGAAAUCAAAUUCAAUUAAUAGUUAUUGGAUACAUUUUAGGAACUAAUACCUUGAUACAAAAUUUGUAAUGAAAGUCAAGAAAUAUUUUAUAUUGUAAGUUUUAUAAAACGAAUCAUGGCGUCAAAUAUACAUGGUGGAAGAUCUCACCUGAAAUACUCAGCGGAAAAAGGAACAAUUAUAUUCCACAUACAUACGUAGCCUGUAAAUAUACUUUUGUAUUUGUGUGUAGUAUCGGAAUCUCACUAAUACAUGUUAUAGAACAGAAAACCUUUUUAGCAGUAAAGUAUUACUACUUAUAUGCAACGUUACGAAAAUACAUUUAGAUAAAUAAGGAUUUAAUGAAACAUAUAGUAAGUAUCUGUUGAUUCAUUAUGUACGAAAGGUUCUGUUCGGGUAAAAGCAUCUGUUUCUAUAGCAAAGUCUACGGUGGCACUGUCCUAACUUUUCCAUUUUGUAUAUUUACGCCAUUGAUUUGAAUUCAGUAAAAUUAUGUAAAAAUAAAGUACAAUUAGCUGUUUAUAAGAUAUCGAAGUUAUUUUGUCUAAAUCUAUAUUUGUUUAUAGAUAUUUAUAAAAUAAUUUCAUAAGGUGCUUUGUAAAAAUAAGUUUUUUUUCUUGGGCUGCAGUCAUACGGAGGCCGAACUGGCGAACUAGUUUUCAACAGAUGGAUCUACCUACCUAAUAUUUAAUAAUAUGUAUUGUCACCGGAUUGAUAUCGCUCCGGACUCGACAUCGGGAUAUUCAUCAAUAUAAUAAUUAUAAUUCCAUUGAUAUUAUUAUAUUCUUAGCAUGAAUGAUAUAGGAUUUUUAGAAAUAGUCAAUUCUCAAUUGUCAUUUCAGUGUCUAAUUUAUCGUAAUUAUGAAAUCAUAAAUUGAAAGCCCACUCAGACAGUAAAAUAUCUACAUUGUAUUAUGAGACUGAGCUUUUUGUGUCAACGUACGUAGGUAGAUAGAUAAACGUUAAUAUUGGAAUGUAUGUUUAUGUACUGCCAGGCUCUAAUUACCACUAAAUGUUAUAAUCUGUACCAACCGAGGCUGCCACGGCCAAGUGGUAGGCACGCAGAGCAAGAAUUAAAUCAUUUUUAUAGGUAUAUACCUACCUCCUUCUCAAAAUAGUGGAAUCAGGCUUUAUAAAAACCAGCAUCGUGGGAGAUAGGGGCACUCCAAGCCUCAAUUUGGAACUACCAUCAAUUUGGAAUAAUGGGUCUGGCUACAGAUAAGCUACGUAUCUGUGUUUAGCCGUUAUCAUAAAGAUAGCAGCGUUAAUGACACUUAUUGUAGUUGCAUAAUUGUGAUUCGGAAAAGUAUUUCCACUUACCAAUAAAAUAAUAAAUAAACGAAAAUAUUAUAAUA